AUGGCUGAAAAUGGUGCGAUCGCUUUCCGGUCUUUAAGAAUUGCGUUUUCAGACCGGAUUCGAGGCAAUUUUGUGAGACUUCCAGGCUCCAUUGUUCAAGUGCUUGAAAACACCGCUAUACCCAUUCAGGAAUUUGGCAUUGCAGUUCAUUUAAAUGGCGGUGUACUACAUGUUGGUUGGGACGGUUUCGAAGCAUCCCAGUCACUCAGUGGGCAAAGCUGCGUUCAGAUCAAUCCUAUUUUAGCCGCAGCACAUAAGCUAAGGGAAGGAGAUAUUGUGGACUUGCACAUCAAGCAAUUCGAUCAAAGUCAGAUAGCCACAGAGGUUUACGUAGAGCCACAAACAAGCGAUGAUUGGGAAAUCAUGGACGGGAACGCUAGAUUUCUGCAAGACAACAUUUUGUUUCAGACCAGGAUCGUGGUACAGGACGAAUUGUUGAUCUGCUACGUUGAGCAAACAAUUGCCAAAUUCAAAAUCCAGAGGAUUGUUGCACCCCUUACUGGCCCUGCUAGGAUCACAACUGAUACAUUGGUCAUGGUGGCCCCAAAGGUGAACCGGUCCAGACUCGUCAACGGCAAAUCGAGGAAACCCGUAGAUCCCAAUCCUGUCCAAAAACCAAUCCUUUUAAGAACCAUCCUACGGACGAAAGAUCUUCGAGGAUACUCGAUCUGCGUUUCCCCAAAUGCUUCAAAGUCCUCUAUGGCGAUGGUAUGCAUCGUAAAAAACCCGUUGGAAAAGUCACUCGUGGAAACUGGUUUAGACGAAGAGACCAAGGUCGAAAUCGCCCAAAAUAUCGCAGUCUCGAUUAUAACAGAUCCUGAUUUGGCAGUAGAUCAAGUCAUGUUGUCUCCUCUGACCUGGGAAUCCCUCGGGUUCAGCUCGCAAAACGGUUACAAACUGAAAGUGGUUUUUGUCGCUGAUCAUAGCGGGGAAGAGGCUCCUACGGCGUUCGUCUAUCCUGUCGACCAGUCUAAAGAUACAAAAAGAAUACUGAUUAAUGGCAAAAGCUCAAUUGCGCAGUAUCCUGCAAUUCAGAGCAUGGAUUCUCUUAUGAACGGCUCAGUGCUCACAGACAGAUUAUAUCUGCCGCGAGACCAGGUGUAUAUUGAGCUUAUAUCGCGGAAAGGCGAGCACAUACCCUUUUACAGAUGGCAAAACGAGGAAAUCGAAUUCAAAUUCACGGACAGGCCUGUCAAAGUUCUGUGGACCAAAAACGUUACCACAAGGCCAGUUUUACCUAAAUGUGUGGGAAUGGAGGGACUACUAGAAGAGAUGCAUCACCACUUGACUUUUCCAUUAACGUGGGCAGGAAGUUCUUUGAUAACUGGAACCAGCGGUAUGGGCAAGAGCUUGCUAGUCAACAAACUUCAAUCGCGUUUAGAAUGUGGUACGCCCCUGCACGUCGAAUACGUCGACUGUGAGGAGUUCAUGGAUAAUUCCAAUUUUGUAAAGAUGAAGCAAAUGUUACAGCGGCUGAUGGCUACCUGCUAUUGGUAUGGGCCGUCUAUCUUGAUUUUAGACAAUGCGGAAAUUCUGUUCCCACAGAACAAAUCUGACGAUGAAGGUCAAUCGCCGACUAAUGCAGCAGGGGUUUCAACGAGACUAUGUCAAGUGCUCGUACAAGAGCUUGAGCAGCUUUCUGUCAAAAAUUCCGGUCAAGUUCGCGUGCUGUUGACGGCCGAAACGCGCGGGAAACUAAAUCAAGAAUUGUUUUCACGACACGCGAUAGGCAAAACGUGGCACCUAAAGCCUCCCGGAAGAGAGUUGCGAAGUGCACUAAUGACCCAGUUUCUGUCUAUCAAGUCUUUGCACGUUUCUGAUGACUUAGACAUUUCCACAAUAGCUACCGAAACCAACGGGUAUUCGCCCAAGGAUCUUCUUCUGCUGUCAGAGACCUUAUUGUGCGAGCAUCUCUGCGAUCAAGAAGACUCUUCAACACCAGUGGCGAGAGAGACCUUUGAGCGCACCAUUGCAAAUUUCACACCUUCUUCACUAAGAGGCAUCAAGUUACAAAAGGACACUGGUGUCAAGUGGUCCAGUGUGGGUGCCAUGCACCAGGCAAAGGAACUUUUGCUGGAGACGCUUGAAUGGCCCACCAAGUACGAACCUAUUUUUUCCAAGAGUCCCUUGCGACUUAGAUCUGGAAUUUUGCUGUAUGGAUAUCCAGGAUGCGGUAAGACGAUGUUGGCGAGUGCUGUGGCGCAACAGUGCGGGGUAAACUUCAUAUCGAUCAAGGGACCUGAGAUUUUGAACAAGUACAUUGGAGCCAGCGAACAGAGUGUUCGAGAGUGCUUCGAGAGAGCUCAAGCCGCUCGGCCCUGUGUGCUGUUUUUUGACGAAUUCGAUUCCAUUGCGCCCAAGAGGGGCCACGAUUCCAUAGGUGUCACUGACCGGGUCGUGAACCAGAUGCUGACGCAGAUGGACGGUGCAGAGGGCUUGGAGGGAGUGUAUGUGCUGGCGGCGACCAGCAGACCGGAUCUCAUCGACUCUGCGCUUCUACGGCCGGGCAGACUGGACAAGAGCGUGCUCUGUGGACUGCCCACGGCUUCGGAAAGACUGCAGAUAAUACAGGCCGUUGUAGAGGCCGGGAGCAUGGUUUUGGAGUCGCAUUGCAACCUCCAGGAGGUAGCUGACGCUACAGAGGGGAUGUCUGGCGCAGAUUUGCAGGGUCUCUGCUACACGGCGUAUUUGAAAAGCGCACAUCGGAAAAUGGACCUCGAGACCCAAAAAAAAAAAAUGCCCGAUCGCGACCAAGACCACGAUUCGGGUCUAGACAAGGCGGACUUUGAGUACUUCACAACCAAUGUCAAUGAGACAGACGACGGCGAGAGCAUCGAACGUGCGAAGCAGCAUUUUGCGGCACUUCGUGCCGCGAAAUACGAUGCUUCCGUCUUAACUUCUCUUUCAACAUCCACUUCUACCACUACUGCUACAGAUCCUCCCAAAAUCUCUGCUCAGGACUUGAAAGAGGCCUGUCGCGAGACGAAGCCGUCGAUCUCGCCCACAGAGCUUCAAAAACUAUCACAAAUUUACAGUCUUUUUUCCAGCAACCGCGACGCAAACAUGCCAAGUGGAGAAGCUUCUAGCCAAGUUGGGGGUAGGUUGACACUGAUGUGA